AUGGCAGAUAGUCAACGCCACGUGUCAUAUAACUAUUGGUCCACUGCAUUUAUACGCGGUUCAAUUCGCUGUUGGACAAUCAAUCUGAUUUUGGAUAAUCUCAUCUGGGCCAAUAAUCUCGAAAGAAAGAAAAAACAUUACCCUCGAUUGCAUUCCGACAUUCUGAUUCAUCCAAAUGGCCGUGAAAACAAUUUGAAAGUCAAACAUCUAAGUGGCGCCAUGACUAAUGUGGUUUAUCGAAUCACAUGGCCACAAAACACCGCCGGAAAUGAUGAUCGGACAGUCUUGGUUCGGAUCUACGGUGAAGGAUCCGACAUUUUCUUUGAUCGGGAAGAAGAAAUCCGAACUUUUGAAUCGAUCUCGACCCAUGGGUAUGGCCCACGUCUUCUUGGCCUGUUUCCAGAAGGUCGAGUAGAGGAAUUCAUCCAUGCUAAGACACUAUCAGCUUCUGAUCUUCGUGCUCCCGAGAUUUCAAAUCUUAUUGCAGUCAAAAUGAAGGAAUUUCAUCAACUGGAUAUUUCUGGAUCCAAGAUUCCUCUUCUAUGGCCAAGAAUGCGAAAGUGGUUGAUCAAGGCUAAGAGCAUAUGUUCUCAAGAAGAAGCUAAAGAGUUUCAACUUAAUACACUUGAACAUGAAAUUGACACAUUGGAAAAGGAAUUGUCAAAAAGUCAUCAACAUGUUGCUUUUUGUCACAACGAUUUGCAAUAUGGGAAUGUUAUGAUCAAUGAAGAGACAAAAUCCAUCACCCUGAUUGAUUAUGAGUAUGCAAGCUACAACCCUGUAGCUUAUGAUCUUGCGAAUCAUUUCUGUGAAUGGGCUGCAAAUUAUCACACUGAUACACCUCAUGUUUUGGAUUAUAACAUGUACCCUGAUUUUGAGGAGCGAAGAAGAUUUUUGCAGUCAUAUCUCAGUUCCACAGGAAAUCUACCGAGUGAUGCUGAAGUAGAUGAGCUUAUUGCUGAUGUGGAAAAAUACACUCUUCCAAAUCAUAUUUUCUGGGGAUUAUGGGGAAUAAUAUCAGCUCAUGUGACUAAGAUUGAUUUUGAUUACAAAGAGUAUGCGAGGCAAAGGUUUAGACAGUAUUGGUUGAGGAAGCCCGAACUUCUGAAGGGCAAAAUGGUAAUUUCUCAUGAGGAUUCUAAGAAUGAGAAAGAAAAUGGUGCGGGUAGCCUUGUUACAUGAAGUGUUGUUGGUGAAAGUAGUUAUAAAAGUUGUAUGUAGAAGAUGAAUAAUAUAGAAUACAUCUGGCAUAAAGUCAAUCCUGUCUAGAAUAUAUGAAAGAAUGUGUCUCAAUUCUCAUUGUAUACAUUUUGUAGUGAACUCACUGUGCAAGGGGAA